AUGGCAGACCAAGGCGCAGGCUAUCCCUCGCCUGCGGUGCCCAGUCUGCAAUUAAAGGAACACGAGAAAGAGAUCCUCAAGCGCCAAAUUCACACGCCGGAGGAGUCGCAGAUGGGUCGCUUAGAGCUUUUGUAUUCAUGUACAAAAACCUAUGAACUACUAGUCCUGGUCAUCAGCUCAAUUGCAGCGAUAAUUGGAGGGGCCCUUCAACCCAUAUCGUUUCUCUUUCUAGGAGGCUUAGCUCAAGCAUUUAAGGAGUUCUUCCUGGGAACAUCUUCAGGCUCUCACCUCUCAUCCCUGGUCGCAAAGUUCGCGCUAUAUUAUGUAUACGUCGCCAUUGGACAGUUUGUCUCAGUAUACAUCUCUACAGCCGGAUUCAUGAUAGGAGGUGAAAAUAUAACCCAACGACUCCGAGAAAAAUAUCUCGCCGCUAUCCUCCGCCAAAAUAUUGCAUUUUUCGAUGUCCUAGGAGCUGGCGAAAUAACAACCAGAAUCACUGCCGAUAUGAAUCUGAUCCAAGAUUCCUUGACGGGCAAACUUUCUCUGACUCUGUACUCCUGUUCCAAUUUCGGAACAGCUUUCAUAAUCAGCUUUGUGAAAAGCUGGCGCAUGGCGCUUAUUCUGAUAUCUGCAAUUGUGGCAGAGACUGGAUCUAUGAGUAUCUGCUCUUCGUUUAUGGUCAAGUAUACAAACAUCUCUUUAUCGGCAUACGCAGACGGAUCGACAGCUGCCGAGGAGGCGAUCAGUUCCAUCAGACACGUUACUGCAUUUGGGAUUCAGGACAAGCUGGCCGAUCGGUACCAGAAAUUCCUCACCAAGGCAGAGACUUAUGGUCUCAGAAGUCGUAUUGCUCUUGCGGCUAUGAUGGCCAUCAUGAAUGGUGUCAUAUUUUGGACCUAUGGAUUGACAUUUUGGCAGGGGUCUCGUUAUCUUGUUGCUGGUGAUAUUGAGUUGGGGGCUCUUAUAACCAUUCUGCUCGCUGUCCUGACUGGAGCAUUCACAUUUGGUAACAUAGCACCCAAUUUCCAAGCCUUUGCAACCGGUAUCGCAGCGACAGGAAAGAUUCUUGCAACUGUGUCCAGGAAGUCACCGCUAGAUCCAUCAUCCCCCACAGGAAGCAAGCUACGAGCUGUCUCUGGGACGAUAGAAGUGAAGAACAUUCGCCAUGUUUACCCUUCUAGACCAGACGUGCUGACUUUAGAUGGGGUAAGUCUUUUAUUUGCAGCUGGAAAGACCACCGCUAUCAUUGGUGCUUCUGGCUGUGGGAAGAGUACAUUGGCAGGCCUAAUUGAAAGGUUUUAUGAACCGAUAAGUGGCGAAAUAUUGCUCGAUGGCCACGAUAUCACGUCUCUAAAUUUGCAAUGGUUGCGCCAACAAAUAGCAAUCGUCACACAACAGCCCACACUUUUCGCCACAACUGUGUUUGAAAACAUCAGAUUUGGUCUGAUAGGCACGGAACAUGAAACAUCCCCUUAUAAUGUGGUAGAAAAUCUUGUGUUUGACGCCGCAAAGAAAGCGAACUGUUUCGAUUUCAUUUCCGCCUUGCCAGACGGAUUCCACACUAGUGUUGGUGAAAGAGGCUCAUUACUCUCGGGUGGACAAAAACAGCGAGUUGCCAUUGCACGAGCUAUUAUAAGUAAUCCAAAGGUUUUACUGCUGGAUGAGGCUACUUCGGCUCUAGAUGCCCAGGCCGAGCGGCUGGUACAGGCUGCGCUCGACGUUGCUGCUGAAGGCCGGACAACAAUCACAAUCAGUCACCGAUUAUCCACUAUCACAGCGGCAGAAAAUAUCGUUGUCAUGUCUCAUGGACGUGUUGUCGAGCAAGGAACCCACAACGACCUACUUGAGAAACGAACGGCGUAUUACGAGUUAGUGGAGAAGCAGCGCAUGUCAACUGAACGGAGUAUCGUCACCAGUGAUGCAAACUUUGCCCUCCAUGCAGAUGACCUUCCUGAUUUGAAAGAUGAUGUCGAUGAGUCCAAGUAUAUGAUCGAGAUGGGGCACAGGGAAUCCGAAGACCGCGAGAGAGAUUCAGGGAAGGCUGGCCGUGAAUACUCCUUAUGGGAGUUGAUCGUGUUCAUCGCAAACUUCAACAAGAAAGAAACGCUUACCAUGGUUUUGGGUCUGUUGUUUUCAAUCAUCACAGGCACUGGAAAUCCCACCCAGGCGGUGUUCUAUGGCAAGACAAUCGCGGCACUGUCUUUACCCCCUGAUAUGUAUGGGAAGUUGCGUCAUGAUGUCAACUUCUGGAGUUUGAUGUAUCUGAUGCUGGGAGGUACUGCAUUCCUGGGCUGGGGAGCCUCUGGUCUCUGUUUUGCCUACUGCUCCGAGCGCCUGAUUCACCGCGCUAGAGAUCAUUCUUUCCGAUCAAUCCUCCAUCAGGAUAUUUUUAUGUUCGACAAACCUGCGUUCUCGGCCGGUUCGCUGAUAUCCUCGUUGUCCACGGAUGCCACUAACCUUGCCGGAAUGAGUGGUGUGACACUAGGCUCCAUCUUCAUUGUCUUAACGACUUUGGUUGCUGGCGUGGCUGUAUCGAUUGCGAUAGGUUGGAAACUGGGACUGGUUUGUACCGCAACCAUUCCAAUUGUUCUUACUUGUGGUCUUGUCCGACUCCAGAUCCUCGGGGAAAUGGCUCGGCAGUCGAAGGCGGCGUAUGCUGCUUCAGCAACCUAUGCUUGUGAGGCAAGUUCUGCCAUAAAGACAGUUGCGUCCCUCAAUCUCGAAAGCCAUGUACAGGAAGAGUAUCACAAUAUAUUAGAAGCCCAGCGACAGAAAUCGGUCGUUUCAACGCUCAAAUCAUCAACGUUUUAUGCAGCCUCACAGUCGGCGAAUUUUCUCUGCAUUUCACUGGCCUUCUGGUAUGGAGGACGUCUAAUCAUUCACGAAGGCUAUUCUAUGGUGCAGUUCUUCAUCGCUUAUGCAGCUGUUAUCGUAGGCUCAUUCAGCGCCGGAGCUAUCUUCUCCUUCGCGCCAGAUAUGAGCAAAUCCCGGCAGGCAGCCCAGGAUAUCAAAACUUUGUUGGACCGACCUGUCAACAUCGACGCACGUCAAAUAACUGGCGAGCUGUUAACGAAAAUCGAUGGCAGCUUGGAGCUGCAAAAUAUAUAUUUCCGAUAUCCCAACCGACCGGAGAGGCUGGUUGUUAGCAACCUAAGCUUGAGUGUUCAAUCGGGACAAUACAUCGGUCUCGUUGGCGCGAGUGGAUGCGGGAAGAGUACCAUCAUUGCUUUGCUGGAGCGGUUCUUUGAUCCUGAAGCGGGACAGAUCUUGGUUGAUGGGAAAGACAUUUCUAAGUUGAAUGUCAAGAGCUACAGGAGUCAUGUUGCGCUGGUUAGUCAAGAGCCGACACUCUAUCAAGGAACUAUCAGAGAGAAUAUUACCCUGGGUACCAACGACGAGGAUGUUUCCGAGGAGAAAAUCACCAAAGCAUGCAAGGAUGCCAAUAUCUACAACUUCAUCCAAUCUCUGCCUGAUGGCAUCUCAACGGUGAUAGGAGCGAGGGGUGGCAUGCUCUCUGGCGGGCAGCAACAACGAGUAGCCAUUGCACGAGCGCUUCUUCGCAAUCCACGUAUCCUCCUCUUAGAUGAGGCAACAUCCGCGCUCGAUUCAGAGUCUGAAAAGAUCGUCCAGGAUGCUCUGAAUGCGGCGGCUCAAGGCCGAACGACGGUCGCCGUUGCACAUCGGAUAAGCACAGUGCAGAAGGCUGAUUGUAUUUAUGUGUUGCAUGAAGGGAACGUUGUGGAACAAGGGACGCAUCAAGAGUUGAUGGAGCUGGGGGGAAGGUAUUUUGAGUUGGUGAAGUUGCAGAGCUUGGAGAGGUCGGAUUAG